GUUCCCUAACGUCAGUACACGAUCUUGGCCCUCCUUCAGCACAGCUUUUCCGGUCGACCAAUGCAAAGGGACGAAUAAAAAAAGCUUAAGUCGACCUGUGCGCGUGUGAGGCCGAUGCUAUGGGCAGAAGUCAAUGGCCUCUCCUCCUUGUGCUGACAGCGUGCGGAGUCGGUGGAGCAGAUCGGGAGACGAGGUGGGUCAAGGUCACACCUGAUCGGGUCAGAGGUCACCCCGACGAGCAUCAACUCGCCAGCAGUGCCAUGCAACUAAGGGCUGAUGGAAACACUCCAGUUCUUGAGUGCCCGGCCAGUAGCGUUCGGCAUGCCGUUUUAGACAAGGACAGUGAAGAAGCGUGCAAGCUACGAGGGGGACUGAAUCCAAAAUGUCCAGAUCUGUCUGGUCUCAUAGUCUUCCUCAACGAAACGCAGACCAAACAAAGUUUUACGGUGUUGGACGACGGAAAAAUCGAUGUGUAUCUGAAGGAAUCCAGGCUCGGAGACUUUAAACUGAUGUACAAAUGCUCUUCAUCCAACGAAAGCGUAUAUACCUUAAAACAAAUAGCCGUUGGGAAUCCACCUUCGGAUGUGGAGAACUUAACGUGUAUAUCUGCAAACUGGGAGUAUUUGAACUGUUCGUGGACGCAGCCAUUCAACCCUGCCCAAGAUAAUGAUUAUGGAGCUUUCCUCUACAACAGGACAUGGCAUUGCAACAACGGCGACGACCAGUGCGUUGCCACGACCGACAAUGGGUACAGGCCCGAGGACCCCUACCCUCCUUUGAUCUUCAUGACCGAGAACGUUCUUGGAGCCGCGAACUUCCCUCAUAUCAUUGACAACUGGGCUGCAAUGUUACCAAAACCUGCCGAAGACCUGGCGGCCGAAGAAAAGUCUCCCAUGAAGAUCUCAGUCACUUGGACGUCCCCUCCUCCCCUCAUGGACUUUCCUCCGGGGCUCUUCUACCGUUUAGAUAUUAGCGGUCUUAACCCAUCUUUUUCUACCGUGCCUAUAGUGGAGAAAUACAGUAACAGCAGCACCUGGGAAGUGGAGACUCGUAUACCAUACGCAUGGCUUACUUACGCGAUCAAGCUGAGACUCCGCUCCGGACGAAGGAACGCCACGACGGACGACCACUGGGAUGAUGGCUGGUCCUCCGGCGCCGUCAUCGGGAACGUCGAAGUAAAGCCAACAGCGCCGUGGGCAGCCCCAGAGGUGGGCAUCGGGACGUUUCGGGUGAACCGGAGCGAAGACUUGACACGCAUGGAUCUGACGGUGAUGUGGCGCCCUCUGCCCCGCCUGCUGCACAACGGCCCUGGCCUGCGCUAUGUGGUGAUGUGCUCGAAUUACAGCGAGAUUGUCAAUACAACAGAGCCAGUGGCAACCUUCUCAGACCUACCUACAAGUUCAUACAGGGUCACUAUACAGCCUGAGAAUACUGAAGGAAAAAGUAACGAAACGUCACAAAUAAUCAUCAGUGAGGAUUUUCCACCCGUUCCCGCCCUGUCUGUGGUCGUCUUCCACAGAACCACGGGGCAGUAUGAACUAAGAUGGGACGGAGAAAAUGACUACACUUACACAGUAUAUGUUUGCAUCAAUGACAGCUUCAACGAAGACUGCAAGGGGUUUCUAUAUUGGUUAAAUGUAGGAAACGCGUCAGCCGUGAACGUCACCCUGCAAGACCUGAACAUCACUCAACGCGCAUCGAAACCGCGCUUCGCUCUGUCGGCGGAGAACGCAGCGCGGGGAUCCAGCGGCAUGGCGUGGGAUAGGUGCUCCCACCCACAGGACUACGACAGCAACCCAAAACCACCUAUUAUCGAGAUUACUGAAACGGACGAGAGCAUAAUUUUGAACUGGAAACUGUCCUGUAUCAACCGCACAGGGGUAGUGGAGAAGGCCGAGGCUUCGUGGGGCCCAACGCAGCACAACUGCAAUUCGCACAUUUCAAGCGAAACACAGAUUCCGAAACACGAUUUGAAGUAUAACACCAACUAUACCAUAUGUCUUCGACUCCUGUACCGAAGCGGUUAUUCGGACUGGUCUACCAAGACAUACAGUAUGAAAAAAGGUCUGUUAGAAAAGAUGUGA